AUGAAAUGGCAAGUACGGUUCUUCGUUGCGAGUGUAUUCUGCCUGGGCACUGUUUUCAGCCAUAUUCGAUAUUCGGUACCGGAGGAGAUGUCGAAGGGCUCGUUCGUUGGAAAUAUUGCUCAGGAUUUGGGAUUAGACAUUGCGAGGUUGGCGAGUGGAAGAGCUCGCAUAUAUGCUGCAGACAACAGUGAGUACGUCGAGCUGAUUCGUGACAAGGGUGUUUUGGUAGUGAGAGAAAGAAUGGACAGGGAAGCAUUGUGUGAGCAGACCUCGCCGUGCUCGAUCCAUUUUCAGAUUGUCCUGGACGAGCCCAUUGAAUUUCAUGGCGUUACGAUUUUUAUCCAAGACCAGAACGAUAACGCGCCUCAGAUUCUCUAUCCAGUACAGACUGGUGUCUCUCAUGUGGCUGAAAUGGUUCCUCGUUCGGCUGAUGUUGGAUAUCUUGUCACUAAAGUGGUCGCUGUUGAUGUGGACUCUGGACAGAAUGCCUGGCUCUCAUAUAAACUGCUGAAAGCGACAGACAAGGCUCUGUUUGAAGUGGGCCUACAGAACGGAGAAAUCAGAACUUUACGUCUGGUCACUGAUAAAGAUUCUGUGAAACAGAAACUCACCGUUGUUGUUGAGGACAACGGGCGGCCCUCUCGCUCAGCUACAGUGAAUGUGAACGUGGCGGUGGCCGACAGCUUCCCGGAAGUACUUUCAGAAUUCACUGACUUUACGCAGGGCAAGGAUUACAAUGACAGCCUUACGUUUUAUUUAGUCUUGGCUCUUGCAGUGGUUUCAUUCCUUUUUAUCGUCUCAAUCAUUGCCAUGGUGACAGUGAAGUGCUAUAGAUGGAGACGCGAACGAUUGUUUUAUAAAUCCAACGGAAAUCUCCCAGUUAUCCCCUAUUAUCCACCGCUUUACGCAGACGUGGGAGGAACCGGAACUCUUCAGCGUGCAUAUAAUUACGAGGUAUGCAGAACUACUGACUCUAGAAAGAGUGAUAUGAAGUACAUCAGACCUUGCAGUCAGAGCAUCAUUAGUCUGGACGCCUGUGGAACGCAAACACUACAGCACGUAUCAGAAAAAGGGAUUGAUGAGUCAGAGAAUCAGGUGAGAUUUUUCCACUGA